GGCAGGGAGGGAUCCAAGAACCACGUGACCUGCUCACCACACACUACAGCGAGCUACACUCUCACGAGCCGAGACUGAAUUUCCCGCCUGCUCAUGUGAAAUCAAACAAGGUGGACAUAACGCCAGCUUCUUUUUUUUUUCUUGUUCCUUAUUGAGUUCGUUUAUUUUGUUCAGUUCAAACAGAAACUAGCAGUGUUGGCGUCAGUCCUUGGAUACUGUAUAUCUACGUAGCGAUUCACAUCUACAAAGUUGUAUAUGUGUGUGUGUGUUCCAUUUUUUUAUAAUUAAAAAAAGAAAUCUGUAAUAACACGUGCGUGUUUCUCAUUGCUGAAAGCUUCUAAAGUUGGAUUGAUUCUAUUCCUGGAAGAAACCAAAUUGGUAAGGCUUAGAACUGCUAGAUCUAGGUCUAAAGCUUAGCAUUGGAAAGAUUUAGAUUUCAGUGUUGGAAAACUACUGCCGCUGUUCGAUUCCGGACUAACAAAAGGUUCAAUACAUAUAUUCUAAUGACGUUAAUAGCGUAAUAUAAACAUUCACAUUUUUACAGGAGCUCAUAGAAUUUGGAUUAUAUGCAACAAGGAUGUGCAUUGCUUAAAAAAAAUCAGACCUCCGUCACGUGAUGACCCGAAUGAACUCUGCGUGCUGUGACCUGCGCGACUAACCGGAAACAGAACUCGGUACUAUUGUUGACAGUUCCUCACCUCAUUAGUCUGGCUCAAUUAUCCCAGUGUCAUAGUUUUGUCAUUCUGUUUCUCAGCGCGGGAUUUCAAGCUUUUUCUCGUGUGUUGAUUUGUGGAUGUGCGCCCCCCCCCCCUCCCUCCACGUUGAAAUCAAGCUACACACUUUAGCUUUUUGACGAGAAAGUGAACUCUGAAUUAAUUUCUUCCUCGCUCGUGUGUGAGUGUUCUGUCUGAUUCCAAAAAGGAUUAUCGUUGUUUGGGACAAGUGGAUUAUCUGUUCAGACAUGGCUGAAGGAGGAUUACUAAAUGAUGUUUCAACGAUGUACAAGCAGACGAUGCCGGUCAAGGACGAGAGACCAAAACACAGCAGUGGAGAUCUACACAGUCGCCUGAAGACACGGAAACUUUUGGGCGUUGGAGAAACAGAUGAUGGGGACAUUCACAGGUCAAAGUUAAGUCAGAUUUUAGGUCACAGCGAUCAGCUGUACAUUCGACUUCCCUACGGCCUGAGAAUAUGGCAGCUGCUAAUAGCAAUCAUGUUUACCUUCUACGGCUUGUGGGCAUUGGUGUUACCUUCCCACAUCUUAAACACGACCUUGGAGGUCAGUGGGGCUGAUGACGUCAUACUGCCAGUCCGGCUCUACGGCUGCGCUCUUGUCAGCCUGUCUAUUGUGUACUGGAUGACGCUGAGCACACAAGAUCGUGACAUCAUACGUAUGUGUUUGAUGACGUCAAUUGUAUACUUUGGCGUUCAGUUUAUAGUUACUGCAUGGCACACAAUAGUCUCUCCAGAACCCAUCACCAGAAACGUCAUCAUACUAAUGUGCUUCCGGGGCAGCCUCGUUCUCAUCAGCUGGUUUUAUCACUGGGCACUCAUCCAGCGGAAAUUCUUUUCCAUGAAGAGAUCUGCGUCUUGUAAAGACCUCAGUAAAGAGAAGUGAUGUAACUAACCUGUCCAGGAAAAUACAAAAUUGGGCCUGUCCUAGAUCUGACGUCAAUAUAUGUCUCCUCUUUAGUGUUCUGAAUGUCAGUGACCUUUAAAUGUGCUGUACAUAACACAUUAUAUCGAUUGAUUGAUUUAUUCAUACAGACAUAUAUAAAUUUUUAUUAUGUUUAGGAUGUAGAUUAAAGUUCAUUUUAAAAAUCCUCAAAUGGCCUUGACAUUGCAGUGAUAUAUAUUCUAUAUAUUGAUAUGUAUAAUGUUUUGUCACAGUUUUAUCAUUUAUAUUGUCACCAUGGCCAUAUAACAAUGAUUAUUUCCAUUGAAUGCUAUAAAGCUGACCAAGUUCAUAUCUGCAUCAAAGACAUAUUCAGUACCAAUUGCCACAAAUUGCACAAUGUCACAAGCUCUAGUAAAGCUAGGCAAUAAAAUAACUUAACUUUUUAUGACAUUUGAGAUUUUUAGAAUUGAUUUCCUGUGUGAAUCAUAAAGUAUUGGAAGCAAAUCAAAACAUAUAAUAAUAAUCUUUAUUAUCUAUGAGGAAAUUUGUGCUAUGAUUUAUGCAUUAUUACACCAAACAAAACAUUAUAACUAACAUUCACACCAAACUCAAAAUUAAUUCAAAUUUCCAGGUUACAUUCACACCAGACACAAAAUGAAUUAUAAUUUACAUAUAUUUACAUUGUAUGUGUUCACUUUCCAAAAUGAAAAUGUUUGUUUCUUUGGAUAAUUAUUUUUGGUGUGUGAAUAAAAUCUAAAAGUAGCUGGAAAUGAUUUAUAUAAAUUUUUGAAAAAUAAAAAAAUAUACCACAUUUUCAGACCUAUCUGUUGCUUGAUGAAGAAAAGCUCGUAAAUAAGAGCGUCGGACUUCUAAAAUGUGUAACUGAAACUAUUCAAAUGGUUAUUGAAUAGUGAACUGAAUUCAUUCUUGCCUUUUGGUCUGGUGCUUUUCUUGAGACAUUGUGUAUCUCUUCUACUUCCCAUGCCCUCUUUACAACAUCACUGAAUCACAUUGAGUGGAAUGUUUCACAGUCAUUAUUUACAUUGUAAGGAGCUCCUUGUUUGUUUCCAAAAUUUAACCUAUCAGAAAGUUGAGAAUGAGGAUGUUAUCAAUUUGUCAAACUUGAAGCUGUUUAGGUGUAUAACUAGUUGAUUAUUUUGUUUUUAUAAUUUAAUCUGAUUUAAAAUUAAAACAGGGCUUUUAAAAAUUUGGCAAAAAAAAUAAAAAUUACCAGCCUUGGUACAGGAUUAAAAGAGCUAGGUUUUGUUUUGUUAAAGAAAAAGAUUGUCCACUUGAUAAUAGACCAACAUCAAUCAAGGUCAUAUCUGUCAUGCCAGUUUAUGUUUUUGACAUGUAUAUAGUCAAAAGAUAAAAAAAAAAAUAUUAGGAGAUAGAAGCUUGCUUUUAUUUAAUUUCUUAUAUUCUUAGCUUAUAAUGUACAGACAUUUCUUUAAAGUAUAUCUAUGAAUUAAUAAUCUAGAAAUGCUUUUAAUUAGAGACUUUUCCUCUGCUAUGUGAUUCCUAGCUAAGAGUUCCAUGCUCUGCUGGCAUUUUGGAAGAUUGAGCACUCGUACAAUCUGUCCUGGCAUUUAAAAUUUAGACAUUUGGCACUAUACUCUAUAUAUGUCAUAGGUAUAAGAGCAUUUCUGACAAAAACUGGUGGCUGAGCGGUAAAGGGCUUGGCUUCUGAGCUGAUGGGUCCAUGGUUUGAAUCUUAGAGAAGACUGAAAAUGUCUUGAUUUUUAGAAUGCCCCUGAGUCCACAUGCAUCUUUAUUGGGUAUCUGACUUAGUGGGGAAAAGUAAAAGCAGUUGUGCUGGUCAUACAACAUCCUCUUUAAUUUUCUUUGUUAGCAAUAGAAACAGAUGACCUUUAUAUUAUUUGGCUUUCAAAUUGCAAGGUCUGAAAAAUGGCAGUGGGGAACUUAAUGAGAAAAAUUUAAAAUUGUAAGCUGUACAGUUACUAUUUAUAUAUUAGUAAUGUGGCUAUUGUGAACACUACUGUCAUUGAUUCCUAAACAGUAGCUAUGAACUUGAUAUUUUGAGAUUACUAAUAGCAAAACUCUUUUAACAAGUUUUUUUUCUGUACAAUCUUUUGUUCCCUUAUUAAUAUUAUCUCAAUUUAAAUAAAUGCUUUAGCAUCUAAAUGCACAUUCACUUGAAGUAUGUGUUCUGUACGUGCAAAGUUUAUAUAAUUAUAUUUAAAAAAUUUGACUUUUGUAUAUUAUUAUUAUCUGUAGAUGUAUGUAUAUUAUCUGACAGUUGUUUUAACUGGAAAUCUUGUAGUGACAUGGUUUUGGUUUUAAUGCUCAGCUAGGUCUAGGGACACUCCUGCAUAGCAUUUAGUAUGGCAACUUUCUUUCAAGUCAGGAUUAACAGUACAUUCAUCUUCCUUUAAUAUUUAUUUGAUGUCAGAACAACUGUUAUGUAAUGCGAUGUCCAAAUGUACUUUUUUGGGGGGAAAGAAAUUUGUUUGCCCAAAAUGUGUCUACAACUUUUCAAAUAUGGGAGGAUUUUUUUUUUUUUAAUUUUACAUGGCAACAAGUUUGUGCUUCUAGGAAAUGGUAGGUGUAUAGUCUACCACAAACAUGGGGCCCUAAAUACUGUGUUGUCAAUGUAUAUUCUAUUAUUCUGAUGUUUGUUCUAGUAUUUCUCCAUGGUCCUAUUGUCUUCUACUGUGUCCAAAUGUGUCCCUUGUAAACUUGAUGUCUACUCAGAAGUGAAACGUGAACAGAUGAAAUAAAUGGAAAGAAACUUGUUCUCA